ACAUAUACCCUCGGUCAACCUUCUCGUUGUAUUCGCGAGCCACUCCAUUAAUGAAAAGGAUCUUUCUGAAUCGCUACGGCAAACGUCGACUUACCCCUUUGCCGCAGCUCAUAAUCGAGCAAAACUGCCAUCGCGUGGCCGUUGCGCAUCGCAUGGCCGUCGCGCAUCGCGUACGUGAGGUGUAGCGGUGUGCGAAGGAGCGCGCGGGCGGCGGAUCACCACAGGGGAGGAUCACCCCGCAGGGGGAUCUGCACAACGGUUUACCGAGCACACCCGUUUAUUUAUCACCGCCCCUGCGCGAACAGGCACAUACGAGCAUACGUGCUCUUCACCCCACGAAGUGCUUUCCCUCGGUGUAAGCCAUUAUAUGGGAGCUCCUGCCCUUCCCCCAGAUCUGCACUCUGCGAACGUGCGAAUUUCGGAGCGGACGCACUGAGCCCCCGGCCGAACGAAGGAAGGGCAUCUCCGCAGCAGGGUGUAGGCGAGCAGAGCGGCAGCACGGUGAAGGAGAGCAGACUAGAAAGGAGGCCUAAGCGAACAGGUCAGACACACCAGCCGCUUACACGCGCACACGCGCUUUCACUUACACCGCCGCAAAAUGCACAACUACGCGAGGGUGAACCACAUAGACCUCGAGCAGGAGCUCACGGUGGACGAGUACUACUCGGUGAAGUCCGGGCUAAGAAUAAUUCUGAGCAAAAUCAAGAGCCCCAAAAUAUACGGCUACUUCACCCUACUGACGGAGGCGGAAAAUGACGAGGGGUUGCCGCACACCCUGGAGCAUCUCAUAUUUCUUGGGAGCCACAAGUACCCAUAUAAGGGCCUCCUAGACUCAUUAGCAUACAAGUGUCUCUCCGAAGGAACCAAUGCCUGGACCUCAAUCGACCACACCUGCUACACAAUAGAGACCUUUGGAAUGGAAGGCUUUAGUAACAUCCUCCCCAUCUACCUUGAUUUCAUCCUGAACCCAACCCUAGCAGAUGAUAUGUUUCUGUCGGAGGUUCACCACAUAUAUGAAAAUGGAACCCAUAACGGGGUGGUGUAUUCAGAAAUGAAGUCAAUAGAAAAUAAUUGCGAAAAUAUAAUCGAGAGGACAGUCAUUAAGAAUUUGUACCCAAAUGAGAAGAGUGGGUAUCGGUUCGAGACGGGGGGGACUUUGGAUGGGUUGAGGAAAACUAAUAAUGAGCGUGUGAGGGAGUACUUUAGAAAGUUUUAUACGCUGGACAACUUCGCCAUCAUCAUCUUCGGCAACUUUAAUAACGACGAAAUUUUGGGUAUCAUUCACGAGUUCGAGCAGUACCACUUGGAGCUGAACCCGGCGCAGGUGCUGGGCGGGGGGGCGUCAAGCGAGGACACCACUACCGCGGGAGAGGCAAAGACGGACACUGCUACCGCUGACCCCGCUGAGGCCCUCUUCAUACGGCGCAUGCAGAGCCCCAAGCGGCCGUGGAGCGAGGCGUGCAACGUGGAAAGGAGGAGCGACUCGCGAAUUGUGAAAAAGUACUACCCGUGCAACAACCUGAACAACGGGCAGGUGUGCAUCGCGUGGAGGGGGUGCGACUGGGCGGACUUCCACACGAAGCUGGCCAUUUCCCUGCUGGGGAACUACCUCACCGACCUGACCACCUCCCCCGUGAGCAAGCGGCUGCUGGAGGACAAGGAGAACACCUACUGCAGCAGCCUGGACUUCGCGCUCGAGGACCUCAAGGGCAACUACUUCACCAUCGACAUUUACGACGUGGUGUACAAGUUCAGGGCGGCGCAGACAGCGGCCAAACAAACGGAGCAGCCGCUGACCGAGCCGCCAACCGAACCGCUAGCCGAACCGCUGACCCAACCGCCAGCUGAAGCGCUAACCGAACCGCCCACCCAACCGCGGGGGAAGGCGGGCGGGGUGUACGACCCCAAGAUGGACGAGGUGGGGGAAAUCGCGCGCAAGUGCCUGCAGCAGGUGCUGGAGGAGCCGCUGAACAUGGACCGGCUGAAGAACAUCAUCGUGCGGUCCUACCUGCAGCACCUCAAAGACUUGGAGGCAGCCCCGCAGUACCUGCUGAACGAAUUUCUCAUAAAAUAUUUUAUCUAUGGAAAGGAGAAGGAGGACCUUAACAACUGCCUGAAUUUGAAAAAGGCCUACGUGGAUUUGCUGGGGGAGAAGGAGGAAUAUUGGAAGGAGGUGCUGAGGAAGUUCUUCGUGCAGAACAACUACGUGGAGGUGAGGUGCUACCCCAGUUACAAGAAGGCCAAGCAAAUUGAGCUGUUCGAGCGGAACCUAAUCGAAGGCGAACAGAAGAAAUAUGGGAAGGAGAAGCUGCAAGAAAUGGCCAAGCAUAUAAGGAAAAUUAAGGAAAGCUUCGAGAAGAAGCCCCCCAAGAGCUCUCUCAACGUGGUGGACUCCGCCAAGCCGCAAAACGUACUGAUAGAGGGUCUCACGGUGUUCCGCAAUUUUGCACUUUUGCAAAAGGGGGGGCAAACAACAGAUGUCUCCACGGAAGAGUUAGCAACUGAGGAGGAUGCCCCCCAGGAUGUGUCCUGCGAAAAUGCCAAGCUGCUAAACUCCCUCGAAGAAGAUCUCAAGAGAGUGAUUUUCCCAAUCCAGCUGAGCCACAUCCCCUCCAACUUCGUUUCUAUAAAUGUGCUAAUAAAUUCUAGCAACGUAUCCGAGGAGUUGAAGAAGUACAUCCCCCUGCUGAGCUACCUACUGUUCGAAACGGACGUGGAGGUGAACGGGGAGAAUGUCAAGUGCGAGCUCUUUACAGAGGAGCUAAUUAGGCACACGAUAAACUACUGUUGCAACUACGGAUUAGGAGGAAACGCAAAGAACUUCAGAGCAGGGAGCUUAGGAAAUAUCCUGUGCAUACAAAUUGUAGGUCUAUAUGAGCACUAUGAGAAGUUAUUUGAUCUCCUUUUUAUGUCUAUUUUUAAAAUGAAGCUGACGAUGGAGAGGUUGGAAAUAAUUUUAAAGUCUGCGUACCAAAAUUUGCUGCAAAAGAAAACCAAGCCGAAGACGUUGGUAGUCAAUUUGGAGUAUGCUCUUCGCUACAUGAAGAGCAGCACCUCUGGAAUUGUCUCCAUUGGUCAGCAGGAAAUUAUUUUGGAACUCAUUGAGGAUAAGAACAACUUGAAGGACCUCUACGAGAAGCUGGACUGCUUGAAAGGGCAGCUGUUCGAUUUGAACAACUGCGUCAUCGCCAUUGAUGCCAACUUUUGCAAAAUUGGGAAUGUCUUUUCGUGGUACGACCGCUGGUUUAGGGUUCCCUCGGUGGGGGGACAGGGCGGCCACCCCUCAGAACCGCACAAAAAGAGCUACACAGUGAAUGCCCCACACACGGAAUUUACCCUCCAUCGGGCGGGUGCAGCCGCCAGUGCGGAGGGAGCCAACAUGGAGAAGCCCGCCGACCAGGGAAGUGCCGCCCCCCAUUUGGACAUGGCCAAGGGAAGCGGCACCCCCGCAACGUUCGAAACAACCAAGCGCAAAAGCCCCGACAAGUACGUAAGCCUCGGGCCGAGUGUCCACAAAAGCCUGAAGGAGUACCUAAGCGCGGAGUUCGAAAAGGAGGACAAAAAUUUUGGCCUCAAUUUGGUGAAGGAGAAGGCGUACAAUGGAGUGCUGUGCGGCUUAAAGAGCACCGACGUUUCUUACCUCAAGCUGACUGUUAAGGUGCCCGCAGGAUAUGAGCACGAGGAUUACUGCUCACUGCUUCUUCUGCGGGAAUUCUUCUGCAUGACGGAGGGGCCGCUCUACAACAGCAUUCGAGGAGGAGGAUUCGCCUACGAAUGUGCCUUAGACCUUAACUCCAUCCAUGGGGAGCUCAGCUUACGCAUUUAUCGAUCGAGUGAUAUCAUUAGCGCUCUGAAGGAAGCAUUUCACAUUUUGGACUACUACUGUAAGAACGAAAUGAAGGAGGAGGAGAUCUCUCUGGCGAAGAGCAGCGCCUACUACACCAUUUUUAACAACCAAGAAACGGUGUCCGAUAGGGCCUCGCAGACCAUUUUCCUGAGCAUAAAAAAUUUGCCCUUAAAUUUUUAUAGCCACUUGUUAAGGCGAAUUGAAAGAAUUACGACGAAGGAUCUGCAGAUCAUUUGUCAGAAGUACUUGUCUCGAAUUGUGAACUUUAAAAUUGAUAGGAAUAAUGCUCUCAUCGGAUCUACUCUCUGCAUUGUAUGCUGCUCCGAUCGGAUGGAGGAGAUCCUCGGCAGCCUUAGGAAGGACGUCAAGGUGGGCCCCAUCUGCUCCCUCAGCGUCGCGCAGCUUUUCCACUUCCUGAAGGACUACGACGUGGCCGCGGCGCUCGGCAAUGGCGGGGCGGCGGUCGAUCUGGCUAGCGGGGCGGCUACAGACCUGCUUAGCGGCACGACCGCAAACCUCCUUAGCGGCGCGGUGGCCAGGCCCGUCUGCUUCGCCAAUGUGGACGACGACGAGGAGGACGACGAUGAUGACGAGGAUGACGAUGACGACUACGGCGAUGGGGGGGGCCCCGUUGGGGGUGAGGACUACUCCGCCUCGUCGGCCGACUCCACCUGCUCCGUGCUGUCCGAGGACGACAGCUACCCGGGGUACUCCGAGGGGUAG